AUGUCCCUCCGCCUCGUUGCACGGCUCGCACUGCCUUGUCCGUCCCUCGUGCGCACGCUCGUGAACAGGGCUGCUCAGAAACCCAUUCCUCCGCCGCGUGCCCAAGCCGCGCUUUUAGGCACCAUCGCCACACCCCAGGACUUCCUCAAGGCCAUCGGGCGCUCCUCGGAGACGAAGUUGACCCCGGAAUCGUGGGAGGAGCUAUUCCACACAAACGGGCAUCAGCUCAGGAAGGCGGGGCUCACGGUGGAGGACCGCAGGUAUAUCCUCUGGAGCGUCGAGAAGUUCCGUCAAGGGCUCGACCCGUCGGAAUUCGCGCACCCGCCGAAGCCUGCAAGCAAGAUUCGAGGACGUGGACCGUCAGUGCAGAAUGGCAAGAGGCUGCGCUCGAGAAGGCACCGGUAG